GCUUAUUGAUGAAUUAGAUUACAAUACGAAUUCUUUUAAUUGUCUCACAGAUAAAAAUAAGAAUCUAAGUAAAUUAGUAAAUGAAACUUAGAAUAAUUUAAGCAGAGCUAUGUAAGAAAAUGCAGAUGAAAGAAUCAAAUAUGAAAUUGAAAAAGCUGUAAAUAUAUUAAAUUAUCUGGUAAUAUAAUUAAAAAUGUUAGGUGACAGAUGAAACUAUCAAAUCAUUACAAUAAUAAAAUGAAUUUUACAGAAAAUUGAUAACUAGUUUUGAGAAUGAAAGAUAGAGCAACAAAGAUACAAUAAGAUUAUUAUAAAAGCAAGAUACUGAUAAUAUACAAAAACUAUUAUAAAAAGAAUGGUAUAUAAAUAAAAUGAUUGAAGAAUGUAAGAUUAUUUAAGAAAGGGAGAAAUUUAGUGAUUCUAUUAAUGUAAAAUUUAUGAAAAAAGCAGAGAAAUCAAAAAGUAAAUUGAAAUAACUAAAAUUGUAAUUAAUAUCGUAAUUAUAUUAUAUAAAUUAUAGAGAAUCUAAGGAUACAUAAAGUGAUUUGUGGUCAUCAAUGUAAAUGAUAGUUGAUAGUUAAUAAUGUAAAAAGAGAGUUAAAUAAGUAAAUUUUAAUGAAGUGUCUACAUAUGUUUUGUAAACCUUGUAUAGAAGAAGAUAAUUAAAGAAAUUUUAAUAGAGUUUGUCCUGUUUGUAGAACUAGAUAUGGAAUAGAAGAAGUUAGAUCAAUUAAAUUGAGUUGAUAAAUAUAAAUAAUUAUAUACAGAAUAUGAAUUGA